CAUAAGAAUGGUAAAUAUCAAAAGUCAAGGCUACAGGUAGAUUUGCAAAAUUUUGUAAGUUAAGCUCUGAUUGGCUAGCGAAAGGGUCGUCAGAACGAGGCUAUGAAUAGGUCGUUCUCAGAUCCUAUGCGUAGCGUAAUAGGAGAUGUACUUUAGUCAGAUUGACACUUAUCUUAAUUAUAAAAACACAGACCGAACAGUUAAAACACGUUCAAGAAAAAAUAUAAUAAAAGUGUUAUGGCGGUUAUAUAUCGUACACAUGAUUGCAGAAAAAAGUUCGGAUAUUGCAUGCCUAGAAACAGAUCACAUGUUUAAUUUAUCAAAUAUUACAUACAAUACGUUUAUGUCGGCAGAUGUUACAUCUAAAAUGCUGAAAGAACGUACAAUUUUGAUAUUUUGACGUUUUCCGGCAAUGACGUUUACAAACUUAGAUCGGCUGAUUAUUAUAUUUCAAGUUAUUUUCAAGACAGUCGGUUUAUUUAUAUCUUAAAGUCUCGAAAAAUUCAAGAGCAUAAAAUUUAUCAUUUCGACGUAAGAUAUUUCGUCGUAGCCGAAAUUACGUAAUUGACGUCGGCGUCAUAACGUUGCGGUUAACAGGGACAACGACGUCAAUAGAUAAAACGGAAACGCAAUGGCCAGCACGGAAACCUUUUCAGAUAUGAUCAAGCUAAAUUCAAAGAAAAGAAAGCGUACAUCUAGAUGUGACGCAGACGGACUUCCUGCAGCAAAGCGUCCACGGAUGAUGUCCUGGGCAUCAAAAAGACUCGAGCAAAAGUCUUGGGAAUGGCGCGAAAGGAGAAGGAAAAUUGCUCUAGGUAUAGUACUUUACUGGGAAGCUCAGAUGCGAAAUAUCCGCAGAAUGGCACGCAAGAGAGCAAGUACUGAGAUGUACGCCGACUACAUGGGCCUCGUGAAAUCUAAAUACAUGAAGAUGCUUCAAGGAAUACCAUCCCAGCCAUCAUCACUAGCAGUUUCAUCAGCAGGAAUACAAGCAGUUCUAAAAACAACAGAAACAACCGCAAGAGUACAAGGAGCUGUCACAAAAGAAGUAUCAACCCCUACACAGAAACGAAGAUUGAUUAAAAGGUUGUCGGACAAUGCUGAAGCAGAGGAAGCUCCACAGAUCAAGGUCACUCCUACUCCUCGUAGGAACGGAUGGCGUAGGAAAGGAGAGAAGAGAAGCUGACUUGUUUACGCUUAGAAUCUGUAUUUUUUUUAAUUUUGGAGUUGCCAAGUAGCAAUUAGUAAUAGAACACACUUCUCAA